UGGUCCCGGAGCCCCCCCCCCCCACCCCCGGGAGGUCGGGCGCCGGGCGCCAUGCACAUCGCGCUGGAGCUGGUGUGGGUGGGGGUGAAGGUGGCCUGGGCCUUCGUGUCGUGCGCGGGCCGCUGGCUGCUGCGGGCCAAGGAGAAGAGCGUGGCGGGGGAGGUGUGCCUCAUCACCGGGGCGGGCGGGGGCCUGGGCCGCCUCUUCGCGCUGGAGUUCGCCCGCCGCCGGGCGCUGCUGGUGCUCUGGGACAUCAACAGCCGCAGCAACGAGGAGACGGCCGGACUCGUCCGACAGGUCUACCGGGACCUCGACCCCCGCGCCCGGGGCCGCCGCGGAGCCCCGCCCCGCCCCGACGGCGAGGAGGAGGAGGAGGAGGAGGGCCUGCCGCCGGGCGGCCUGCAGGUGUACACGUACACCUGCGACGUGGGCAAGAGGGAGAGCGUGUACUCCACGGCGGAGCGCGUGCGCCAGGAGGUGGGCGAGGUGUCGGUGCUGGUGAACAACGCCGGGGUGGUGUCCGGCCACCACCUGCUGGAGUGCCCCGACGAGCUCAUCGAGAGGACCAUGAUGGUCAACUGCCACGCGCACUUCUGGACCACUAAGGCCUUCCUGCCCUCCAUGCUGAACACCAACCACGGCCACAUCGUCACGGUGGCCAGCUCCUUGGGACUCUUCAGCACCGCCGGGGUGGAGGAUUACUGCGCCAGCAAAUUCGGGGUGGUGGGCUUUCACGAGUCGCUGAGCCACGAACUCAAGGCGGCCGAGAAGGACGGCGUCAAAACGACCCUGGUCUGUCCCUACCUCGUGGACACGGGCAUGUUCCGCGGCUGCAGGAUCCGGAAGGAGAUCGAGCCCUUCCUGCCUCCGCUGAAGCCCGACUACUGCGUCCAGCAGGCCAUGCGGGCCAUCCUCACCGACCAGCCCAUGAUCUGCACGCCCCGCCUCAUGUACAUCGUCACCUUCAUGAAGAGCAUCCUGCCGUUCGAAGCGGUGGUGUGCAUGUAUCGCUUCCUGGGCGCCGACAAGUGCAUGUAUCCCUUCAUCGCCCAGAGGCAGCAAGCCACCAACAACAACGAAGCCAAGAACGCCAUCUGAGGGGCGGCCGCCCGCCCGCCCGCCCGGCCGCGGACCGGACCC